AUGAGUGCCUCCAGUUCCGCCGCCAACGAUGCCAAGGAAACUAAGGUUUACGGAGGUUGUGAAGGCCCUGAUGCCACAUAUGUGAAACUAGUUAGCAGUGACGGCCAUCAGUUCUUCAUAAAGAAGGAACUGGCUCUGACUUCCGGAACGAUUAAAGCGAUGUUGAGUGGACCUGGACAGUAUUCCGAGAAUGAGAGUAAUGAAGUAAACUUUCGUGAAAUUCCAUCUCACGUUCUGCAGAAAGUGUGCCAGUAUUUCGCUUACAAAGUUCGUUACACGAGUUCCGCAACCGAGAUCCCAGAAUUCAACAUCACUCCCGAGGUGGCGCUUGAAUUGCUGAUGGCUGCUAACUUCCUGGACUUACAGCUCACUGGUUGCUAA